AUGCCGGCCCCGAGCACUGCUGCCGUCCGGGUGCCCUUUUACUACACGGCUAGUGGGGUCAACGCGGCGGCGGAAGCGCGCGCCGAUCGCGCCAGCGCACCUGAAGACGCCGUGUUUAUCACGAACGUCUUUAUCGAAGUGGUCGCCUUCGGCACCCGUUUUUUCUGGGUCCACGUCUCGGAGAGCCCCACGAAUCAGAGCGUGCCCCAGCUGGGGGCCUGCAGCGUCGCUGUUGGACUUCAGCUCAGCGGGGACGGCGGCCGCCUCAGUAUCUCGUCAUCGCAGUUGAUGGAGUUCGAGGCGGCGCGCCAGCAGGACAUGCCCACUGGAACGAACAGCAGCGUGCAAUCUACCUUCUCGACGAGCCUCGGCCAGCGACUAGUGCGCGGCAUCGCAAAACGCCUAGGGGCCCAAGCGACCGUGUACGUGAACUGUGCCAUCGAGGGAGAGAGGUGUCUCCCACUGCUGGGCACGGAUGGUGGAAGCGGUUUUGACAUGACGUUUCAGUUCGGUGCGCUCGUGUACGAGGAGUCGUACCGGCUGAUUGCCCAGCGGUGUGUGUGUGCGUGUGUGUAA